UUGGAAAAAGACACUUGUCCUUCUUUACCUAAACUGGACAGCGGCUGCUCCAAAGAGAAUUCAUCCGAGUCUACUAAUAAGUGUGAGGCAAUUCAUUUGCUUCGAUUCUCACUAAAGCAAGGGAUGUUCCCAGUGCAUUACGUUAUGCUUUGGAAAAAAAGCAUGAAAUUCAGGAAGGUGAAUCUGAAGCAAGCAGCAGAGUGUGGGAUCUAUGCUGGCCUAGAAGAUUCUCUGUUCUGGGGUUACAGUGAAAGGCUGUGCCAUGGGGAAGAUCGGAAAAUCGUCCUGAAGAAAGGCCCACCCAAGGCAAAGAUUGCAGACAUGCCUCUACACUCACCUCUCUCCAGAUACCAGAGCACUGUGAUUUCCCAUGGCUUCAGGAGGUGGCUGAUCUGA